AUGAAUAACAUUUGGCUGUUUUCUGCUAUCUUAUUCGUAGCUGCUUUCAAUGCAGUAAUUGGUUGUAAACAUGCGCAUUCUGCAGCUCUUUCGCAAAUUAAAUCUGUUAACAUUGGAAUUUCAUCAUCAGGUGGUUGCAGUAAUCGUAAUAAUGGGAAAUGUACAUCACUCGAUCAAGUCAAUUGUAAUGCUAUUCGUUGUUUGAAAACAUUGAAAACAUCUUCAGGAUGUCCUAUCACAGUUACUGGAGGCACAGAAACUGGCCAUGCUGGUGGAACAUAUUCGCAUUGGAAUGGAUACAAAAUUGAUAUUUCAGUCAAUUCAUGUAUCAACUCAUAUAUUACAAAACAAUUUGCUUAUAUUGGUCAACGAGGCGACGGUGCUGCUCAAUACAAAGCAUCAAUCAAUUCAUGUAUCAACUCAUAUAUUACAAAACAAUUUGCUUAUAUUGGUCAACGAGGCGACGGUGCUGCUCAAUACAAAGCAUCAAGUGGCAAUGUUUAUGCUAAAGAAGGCAAUCAUUGGGAUAUUACAUUCACUGCUCAAUGUUAA